AUGGCGACUAAUGGAUACACGAAUGGCCGGCCUCAGGAUGCGCCAGGCCAUGUCAUGCCUGGGAAGGGCGCAUACAAAGAAAAUGGGCGCGACUACCAGUUAUGGCAUCGCGGUCAGUACCUCUUCCCAAUCGACGAGACCGAGUUGGACCGGCUGGAUGCCAUGCACAAGUGCAUUCUGGUCACCCGGAACUACCGCCUAUACAGCCCUCGGAUCAUCCUGGACAGUAUACCCAAUCUGAAAAUACUCGAUCUCGGGUGUGGGACAGGCAUGUGGGCUCUCGAUAUGGCCAGGAAAUUCUUCGGAAAUUCACUCGUCCGUGGUGUCGACUUGUCGACAGAGAUGCAGGCCUCACAAAUCUACUCAAACAACGACUUCAAAGCCAUGGAUAUCGAGGAGCCAUGGCCAUCCUCCAUCGAGAAGGACUACCAUCUGAUUCACGCACGCAUGCUUGCUGGGAGCAUACACUCUGAGUCGUGGCCACGAAUCUAUGGCGAGAUUUUCAGCCAUCUAAUCCCUGGCAGUGGCUGGCUAGAACAGGUUGAGGUCGACUGGUAUCCUUGCAACGAUGACGGGCCCGUCUCGCAUCAUCUCAGGCUCUGGGCCGAGGAGCUGCACGGUGCAAUGGACCAGAUGAAGCGCCCUCUGAGGGUCGACCCCAACAGGACCCAGCAGCUGCUCACGGACACAGGAUUUGUUGACAUAAAACAAGAGGUUAUUCACUUGCCUGUCAACGGAGGCUCACUCGAUCCAUACGAGAUGGAUGUUGGCAGAUGGUUCAAUCUAAGCCUGCAGAAGAGCUUCAUGGGCCUCAGCAUGGCUCCUUUAUUCAGGGCCAAGAACUGGAGACCCGAGGAUAUUUCGCUCCUCGAGAGAGACGUCCUGAAUGAGAUCGCUGAGCGCAACAACCGCGCAUACUGCAAGCUGUAUAUCUGGACGGCGAGAAGGCCUUCACAUCAUGACCCGCGAUGA